GAGACUGUUUUAUGACAAUUUCGAAGUUUUAUUUAGUGAAUUAGUUUAUUUUGUACCAAUUAUUAAAUAUACAAUUUCCAAAGGGAACCUAUUUGGAGAACGAUACAUAUAUUUGUGUUUAGUUUAAGGUUUUCAGAUAUUCAAAUGUGGAGCAUUUUAAUAAAUAGAAAUGAGAAAAACACAAAGAGUGGCUUUUUAGGCCUCUUAAAAACAAUGAUAUGUGCUGCAUAGAGUUAUGGAUUCGUACGACCUGUUCGGCGAAGAUGUUGGUGCCGGAAUGCUGGAUGGAUUACCCGAUUUGGGAACUGAUAACUUCGACACAACAGCGAAUGCCGGUACAAAUGCACCACCUAAUUCUGCGGUGACCUCCGGCGGUCGAAAUGUUACAUCGGCUGUUGGAAAUGCAUCCGGAACGAAUGCUGGCUAUGUGGCGCAAGCGUCUUAUGCUCAAAUGCAAGCGCAACAAGAAUCUCCACUACAAAAAUUAAAUUCCUUUGGAGGGCCUGAUUUUGGUACGAAUCAUAUGGAUAAUAGAAAUGCAGCUGCUCAAUCAAUGUUCCAUACGAAUCAUCAAGGUUAUGAUACGAGUGGUGUUAGACCAAUGGGCCCUCCAGCAGGAGCAUAUCCUGGCCAUGUUCGACAAAUGGGCCCACAGCAGCAUGAUAUACGACGACCGCCACACCCACAGCAAUCAGGACAAUAUCCAUACCAUCCUGAUUCAAUGUAUUCAAUGCCUGAUCAACAAAUGCAAGGCAUGAAUGAUGGUAGUAUGCAGGGAUGGAAUACAUCAACACAUAGUCAAAAUUUUCCAAUGCAUCGAUAUGGUCAAAUGCAGCAGCAACAAUCUCAACAAUCGGCAUACCGACCGCAGCAAAUGACAUAUAAUCAUCAAGAGCAGUUAACGGCCCAACAACAGAAGAUGGUUCAACAACAGCAACAGCAAUUCCAAGGUGCACAGCAGAAUAUGAUGAAUCCAAUGAUGCAAAAUCCUCAUCAGAAUAAUAGUGGUUACGCAAAUAUGGCAGCUCAACAAAGGCAUUCACAUUAUCAGGUUCAACAGCAGCAGCAGCAACAACAAAAUUAUCCAAAUACGAAUGUUAAUCAAGGAUAUGGCAAUUAUAACACUGCUGCAAUGCAUCAACGAAUGCCUCAUCAUCACCAGUAUCCACAACAUACUCAUCAAAUGGAUAUUAAUAACACGCAAGCUCAACAGUACGGGCAUGUGCAACAACAUGCGCAAACAAUGAAUUCACAGCACUCGGUUGGACAUCAGGUAGCCCAAGGGCAUGGUCAAAAUAUUCAUGCCCAACAAACACAUGUAUCAAAUCAACAACAGGUACAUCAAGGGAGUGGUCAACCAACAAACAACCCACUUGCGGGGAAUAUAGGAUUUAAUCCACAAACGCAUCCCACAAUGCAACGACAAAUGGAACAAUUAAAUUCCACGUCACAGUUUCAAGCGAAACAUGGUGCAUCAACAUUGGGUGGAGGUAGUCCACAAUAUCGGGCACCAUUUCCACAAUUAUCCCCACAAAUGUCACCUCGACCACAAAUGUCUCCAAGACCACCACCUGCAUCACAAAUGUCUCCAAGGCCUGUGAUGUCACCAGCGAAAUCCAAUAAUUUAUCACCACAUCCUCAUGUACAACAACAAUCCAUACAAAGUCCUCGACCUGCAUCAAGCCUUACACCCAAAACAGCAAAUUCUCCAUCACCUUAUCAACCUCAAAGUACGUUACAAGCCCUUGAACAGAUGGUUAUGCCAACUGUUACAAACAAUUCAAAUGAUUAUCCAACAUCGUUUCAAACACGAAACUCACUUGGCCCUCCUCAAAUGAUAUCAAAUCCAUUAUCACCUGCGUUAGGACCACGUAAUAGUAAUUCGAUGUCUCCACAACAUUGGCCUGGCCAUCAAUCACAACCUGUACGGCCGCCUACUAUGAACAUUAAUUCGAAUAUGAAUAUGAUGGAACCAACAUUGCCAGUAAAUCAAAAUUUACCUUCAAAUAUGAAUCAGGUGAACCAACAAAAUCAACAAACACCAAGUUUACCCAUAAUGCCACCAUCAGCAAAUACCGUAAAUAUGAAUUUACAAGAAGAGCCCCCUUGUAAUCAGUUAUCUAUGGAACCUUUAAGCAAACCACAAUCAGAACUAACAGCGACGAAUAAUUUAUUAUCAAAUAUGCAACAAAAUUCGAUACCACCGCCAACAGUAACGCAAUCGGAAAUCGUUACAAGUAAUAAUCAAGUAUUUAAUGAUAUCCAAUCAAGUAUUAGCACUUCAGACGAUAUUACAAAUAUUACUAGUAGUAACAGUAUACCAGAUUCAACGGUAGCAACUACACAAUCGAUAAGUACACCACCCGUAACGACAAGUAUACCAUCUUCAACAUUAGAUGAUAAAACUCAAUCACCAUUGGCAAAUCCAAGUGAGGAAGCGAAUAAAAUUUCAUCAUUGGAUGAUAAAAUUGAAAAAAUUCAGUCACCAAACGUUGCAACAACCCCCUCACAAUCUAGCUGUUUUCAAAAUAUGCAAUAUAACGAUAUUAGUACAAUGGAUAGUUCGAUACCUGUAUUUAAUCAAGAUGGAUCAAUUCCUGAUCAAACAUCAUCUCCCCCACCACCAACAACAAAUCAAUUGACUUCAGAUAUUAGUUCAAGUCAGGCUUCAUCUUUAAAUACUUCAACGCCAAAUUUUGUUGAAACUACAUCAAUAGAAAAUCAGCAACUAACUGUUCCUCAAUCUACUAAUCAAACACCUCCUCAAAAUGAAAAUACAACUCCACCAUCAAUAACUCAAACUGUAAAUCCAAUCACGCCAACACUUCCAAAUUCUGUGAAAACACCAGUAGAAGCUGGGAACGAUUCUCCAGCGUCUAGUACUGUCGUAGAUACAACACUGUCAUCUCACCCAAAUAGUACGUCAAUUGUUUCAAAUAAUAACACGACAUCGAAUAACCUUCCAGAACAAACUCCGUCUCCUGUGGUUGUUUCUUCACAAGGAGAUAUUCCUGUUACAAGUAAUGUUACAACACCAGUAUCAUCAGAUACGGAUAAUGUUCCGAUGACACCAACAACUACAGCGCAGCAACCCCUCACGACAUCUACGCCGUUUCCAUCUGAAACACAAAAUUUAAUAACAACAUCUAGUAUGCCUGUAGAUCCUAAUAAUUCAGUGGUACCUCCACCUAUCGGUGGAAUGACUCCUAUUCCUUCAAAUGUAGGUAUGAAUCAAAUGGGAGGUGUUCCACCAAACAUGUUACAGCAAGGUCCUGGUCGGCCACCGAACAUGAUGCAUCCAACAAUGUUACCCAAUUCGGAAAUAACAAAUAUUUAUCCAAUGAGUGUGCAUCAUCAAGAGAGAUUAUCUCUACAGCAUCAGUUGCAAGAACUAUACAGCUUGCCACCAUCUACGGAACACCAAGAGAAAAUCACACGAUUACAAGACCGUUUAAAUAUAUUAGCGCAACAUGAAGCUACUGAACAGUGUAAUGGCGGAGUGCAAUGUGCCUUACAAAAUCCACUGUAUACGUCCCCUAUGAUUGACAGCCCACAGGUAUCAAGUACGACCGGCCGAGGUCGAGGUAAAGGAGGACCACGUAAACCACGCAUGAAAAAAGCUGAAAAAUUAGCGUUACAACAACAACAGUUAGCAAAUUUAGAAGCACAAAAGACUGCAGUCACUUCAACACCAACGCAACUGCCUGUAUCAGAAGAUUGUGUCACACCAGGAGCGGGACUUAGUAUAUCAAGUGGUGAUCUAGGUGACAUGAGUGAUGUAACCAUGGAAUCAAUAUCAGCUGAAGUUGAAAAACCCGAAGUUAGAAGACGAGGUGCCCCAAAAGGGCCACGAAAACCUAGAAAACCACGAGAACCAAAAACUGAUAAGGAUGGUCAAAUUACUCCCCAUAAACCGAGAGGGAGGAAACCUAAACAUUUGAUUGAACAACAGCAGCAGCAACAACAGCAAGGGCAGCAACAACAAGCAACGACACCAACACCAACGCAGAAUGAUAAUACUCCACAAUCCAAUAAUACAGAAACGCCAACAUCAGAAACUAAGCCGAAACGAAAAUAUGUACGUAAGAAAAAAGUUGAAAGUGGAGGAGAAACUUGUGACGAUUCACUUGGUAAUGUUACGGAAAAUGGCGACGAAGUGAUUAGUUCGAUUAACGAAGAGAAGAAAGAUGUUAGUUUAGAUCAGUCAGUACCUGAGGAGAAAACAACAAGCGAAAAUGACGUCACAAAAAUUACAUCGGCUUCAGAUGAAACAAAACCAGUUGCUGCAGAUACAUCGGUAACUUCAAAUGAUGAUAAAUCUGAAAAAAUUGAAAAAGAAGAAGAACCACAAGUACAAAAUAACGAAGUGACUGAUACGUCUGUUACCACUCAAGAAAAGAAACCAGAUGAAUAUUUAUUUGAUGAUCCAACGGGUGGUCGUGCUGCUGAAAGACCUGUGGAUAGACCUAAACGAGGUCGAAGAGGUCGAGGUGGAGGUCGAAGAGGAGCUGGUACUGGAACUGGUCGCAGAGGUAGGCCAGGCCCUCCUGGAGGACGACGAGCACGUAGAAGAGGACAAUAUCAAUUGGAAUCGGAAGGCGAAGGAGAAGAUAUGCCGACGCCACCACCAUCUCCCGAAGGUGGAGAUGCAGACAGUUCGGUAAAUAAAAGACGAUCUUCAAGAAAUACUCAAAGAAAAAAAUAUAUUGAUGAUGUUAUGAUUAGAUUUUCUGAUGAUGAGUCUCCUAUAUCAACGUCAGAAAAAACUAAUUCUACUUCAAAUCCUAAUAAUGACUCAGUAACAACCUCUACGAAGCAGGAACCCGGUAAUAUUGUAAGUGAAAUCGCUAACAGGCAUAAUUUUGUGUACAUAAAUACGACUGAUGAAGAUUCUAUGAUUGUCCAACAUGUACUAGCUUGUAGGAUGGGAAAACGAGAAGUUAGGCCAAAACCACCAACUCCUCCUCCACCACCCAAACCAGUUGAAGAAUCUACAGUUAAUACCGAAACUUCAGAUAUAACAGAUAAAAAUUCAGACGAAUCUAAAGAGAAAUGUGAAGAGAGUUUAGAUCAGAAAGAAGAAGAUACUAAGGUUGAGAAAUCUGAAAGUCCCGAAAAUAAAACGGAGGAAGUAGAAAAGGUGGGUAAUUCUGAUGAUAUUAAUUCCGAGAAUAAAGGAGAUGCUAAGACUGAUGAAAAUACUACUGACGAAAAUGAGACAUCCAAAGUAGAUGAUCAAGAAAAAGAAACUUCAAAAGACGAAAUUAAAAACGAAGUUGAAUCGUCCGAGACAAUUGAAGAGAGUAAACCGGAUGUCCAAUUAAAGGAUAAGUCAAAUGAAAACAAAGUUGAAAUUGAAAUAGAUGAGUCUGAAACAAAAAUGGAUGUUGAUAUUCCUGAAGAAAAAAAUACUAAUAUUCCCGAAGAACCCAAAACUGAUGUUCCUGAAGAACCCAAAAUUGAUGUUCCUGAAAAAAUGGAAGUUGAUGAAGAGAAUAAGGAAAAUAAAGAAAGUGACGCAAACAAACCUGAACCUGACAAUUCAGAAACUGAUAUAGAAAAUGACAAAGAGGAUGACGAAAAAGAUGAAACUAAAUCAAAAGUUGAAGAAGAUAUUGGACCAAAAGAACCAGAACCUGAACCAAUUAUAAUUGACGUUGAAGAAUUCUUUGUUAAAUAUAGAAAUUUUUCAUAUUUACAUUGUGAAUGGAAGACUGAAGAAGAACUUUACAAAGGUGACAAAAGAAUUGCAUCCAAAAUAAAGCGUUUUAAACAAAAACAAGCACAAUUGAUGAAUAUUUUUGAGAAUUUAGACGAAGAAUCAUUCAAUCCCGAUUAUUUAGAAGUUGAUCGGAUACUAGACGUUGCCGAACAUAAAGAUGCCGGUGCUACUACAGCUGUCAAACAUUAUUUAGUAAAAUGGCGUUCAUUACAAUAUGAAGAUAGUACGUGGGAACUCGAAGAAGAUGUUGAUCCAAUUAAAAUUCAACAAUUCGAAAAGUUUAAUAAACUGCCACCACGUGAUCAAUGGAAACCAAAACGUAAACCACAUCCAGAUAUGUGGGCAAAAUUAGAGCAAUCUCCCGAAUAUAAAGGUGGCAACAAAUUACGUGAAUAUCAACUUGAGGGAUUAAAUUGGUUACUUUUCUCAUGGUAUAACAAUCGUAAUUGUAUCCUGGCCGAUGAAAUGGGUUUAGGUAAAACUAUUCAAAGUUUAACAUUUAUAAAUGCUGUGUAUGAAUAUGGUAUUCGAGGACCAUUUCUUGUGAUUGCACCACUAUCAACGAUACCAAAUUGGCAACGUGAAAUUGAAGGAUGGACUGAUAUGAAUGUAAUUGUGUAUCAUGGUUCAUCUGCAAGUCGUACUAUGCUUCAAGAAUACGAAAUGUACUACAAAAAUGAUAAGGGUACACAAAUUAAAGAAAUUACUAAAUUUAAUAUACUUAUAACUACAUUUGAAAUAAUUGUCACCGAUUUCGCUGAUCUAAAAGGUUUUAAUUGGCGAUUAUGUGUAAUUGAUGAAGCGCAUCGAUUAAAAAAUCGUAACUGUAAACUUCUUGAAGGAUUACGGCAAUUAAGUUUGGAACAUCGUGUACUUUUGUCCGGCACACCGUUGCAGAAUAAUGUUAACGAACUGUUUUCGUUAUUAAAUUUCUUAGAACCGACACAAUUUUCAAAUAAUGAAGAAUUUUUACGUGAAUUUGGUAGUUUAAAAACUGAAACAGAAGUAAAUAAAUUACAAGCAUUAUUGAAACCAAUGAUGUUACGACGUUUAAAAGAAGACGUAGAAAAAUCCUUAGCGCCCAAAGAAGAAACAGUUGUCGAAGUGGAAUUAACCAACAUACAAAAGAAAUAUUAUCGUGGUAUUUUGGAACGAAAUUUUUCGUUCUUAUCAAAAGGUACAACUUCCGCGAAUAUUCCUAAUUUAAUGAAUACAAUGAUGGAGUUACGAAAAUGUUGUAUCCAUCCAUACUUGUUAAAUGGUGCUGAAGAUCAAAUACAAUAUGAUUACAAGCAGCAACACGGGGAAGAUCCUGACGCGUACUAUAAAGCUUUAAUCCAAUCUUCUGGUAAAAUGGUUCUGAUGGACAAAUUAUUACCAAAAUUGAAAGCAAAUGGACAUCGUGUUUUAAUAUUUAGUCAAAUGGUUAAAUGUUUGGAUAUCUUAGAAGAUUAUUUGAUGUAUCGAAAAUAUACAUUUGAACGAAUAGAUGGUCGUAUUCGUGGUAAUUUACGACAAGCGGCUAUUGAUCGUUAUUCAAAACCAGAUUCGGAUCGAUUUUGUUUUCUACUAUGUACCAAAGCUGGUGGUUUAGGUAUUAAUUUAACUGCAGCAGAUACUGUUAUUAUUUACGACAGUGAUUGGAAUCCACAAAAUGAUUUACAAGCCCAAGCUCGAUGUCACCGUAUUGGACAACAAAAAAUGGUGAAAAUUUAUCGAUUGCUUUGCCGGAAUACGUACGAACGUGAAAUGUUUGACAAAGCUUCGUUAAAAUUGGGUUUAGAUAAAGCGAUUUUACAAAGUAUGAACACGUCCCAAGGUGGUAAAGAUGCUUCCAACAAACAACUUUCAAAGAAAGAAAUCGAAGAUUUGUUGAAAAAAGGUGCAUACGGUGCCAUUAUGGAUGAAGAUAACGACGGUGAUAAGUUCUGUGAAGAAGAUAUUGAUAUGAUUUUAGCAAGACGCACACAAGUUAUUACAAUGGAAUCUGAAAAAGGUUCAACAUUCUCGAAAGCUAGUUUUGCAUCAUCUGGAAAUCGGUCUGAUAUUAAUAUUGAUGAUCCUGAUUUCUGGAAUAAAUGGGCAAAGAAAGCUGAAAUCGAUACAACUGAAAAAGAUGAGACUGAAGAUUUAGUAAUAUCUGAACCAAGGCGGCGCACACAAAUUAAACGCUAUGGUCACGAUGAAAGUGUUGUUGAUAUGUCUGAGCUAGAAGAUUCUUCCGAUAGUGAUUUAGAUGGCGAAGGACUUUUACCAGGUGGUCUUAGUGGUCGUGCAAAACGUAAGCACAAGAAGAAGAAACAUUCAAAAUAUCUUAGCGACGACUACAUGCCUAGAGAAAAAGAAAUUGUUUAUGGAAGUUGGGCACGAAGUGAAUGUUUCAAAAUUGAACGUGGACUGCUUACUUUCGGAUGGGGUCGAUGGCAAGAAAUUAUUGCUCAUAGUCAAUUACACCGAGGAUGGCGAGAAAAUGAUGUUGAAGAUUGUGCGAGAGUUAUUCUAUUGUAUUGUCUUCGGUUUUAUCGAGGGGAUGACAAAAUUCGUAAUUUUAUAUGGGAUCUAAUUGCACCAAAAGAAGAAGGUAUUGAUCCAGCAAAAAUUACACGAAAUCAUAGUGGACUUCGAGAUCCUGUACCACGAGGUAUACGUAAUAAAAAUAAAAAAGGGAAAAAGGAUACUAAAGCAGCUGUGGAUACGAAUCAUUGGAGUCGUAAUGAGAAAUAUGAUGGUGAUAUCUUUCUAGAAAGUAAUUACAAGAAACAUCUUGGACGACAUGCGAACAAGUUAUUACUUCGAGUUCGAAUGUUAUACUACAUAAAACAUGAAAUCAUCGGUGAUUUAGUUCAACACAUUGCGGAUGGAGUACAAGCAAGUGCCUUGCCGAUAAACCCACCACAAUGCGAUCAACCGCCGGCUUUGUGGUGGGACACAGAGUGCGACAAAUCGCUGCUAGUGGGCGUAUGGAAGCAUGGCUAUGAGUGCUAUGCAGAGAUGCGUAACGAUCCUGCACUUUGUUUCAAUGCCCUAUGCGGUGUACCGGAUCAGCGUGCUAGUGCUAGCUCGCUUAAUAAAAUUCCUAAACCCACAGCACUUAAUGAAGAAGGUGCUGGUGGUAGUGAAUCAGUUUCAACGCCAACUAAUGUACCAGAAGAUGGUGGCGAAGCUGUUGACCAAGACGAUGAUACUAAAUCAAAAACAAAAGACCCAGCAUCAGAAAAUAUUGAUCAGACUGACCCAUCAGCAACAAAUAAUGCAAAUGAUGAUAAUAAAAGUGACGGUGGAAAUAACUCAUUAGCACAAGGAGAAAAACAUCAAUGGCCAGCGAUGCAAGAUUUAAAUACACGAUUACGGCGUGUGAUUACAUCAUAUCAACGUAAUUAUAAAAAGGAAGAGGCAAAAACUCAACAAAAAUCUAAGUCAACAAUAGGAAGUGCGGGGGGUGUUCAUAUACCAACCUCAUCAACAACAACUGGUUCUACACAAAUUGAUCCAAUUGGGGAUGCUAUUCGUGAUGGCAUUAGUAUGCAAGGAUGGGAUUUACAACAACUUGCCAUGUAUUUAUUGAAAAUGGAAAGAGGUAAUAAAAAUGAACAAACAUCACGCGAUAAUAAACCACGUUUGGAUAGUAAUCAACGUAAAUGGACACGUCGUGAAGAAACUGAUUUCCUUAAGACCAUAUGGAACUUUGGUGUACUGUAUGAUCCAGAAAAACAAACGUACGAAUGGACCAAAUUUAAAUUACUAUCAAAAAUAUCAAAAAUUGACGAAGCCAUGAAUGAAUAUUAUAAAGGAUUUAUAAAUAUGUGUAAACGUCAAUGUGGACAUAAAAUUGAUGAAGAAACAGAAAUACCAGUUGAACCAAUUGAUCCGGAAAAAGCACGACGAACAUUGGAACGAACUGAACUAUUGAGUAAAAUUCGAGAAGAGACGUUAUGUCAUGCGCAAUUGGAUGAACGAUUAAAAUUAUGUUUACCGUCAACGGAUUUGCCUGAUUGGUGGAUUUGUGGUAAACAUGAUGGCGAUCUUUUAAUUGGUGUAGCCAAACAUGGUCUUGGGCGUAGUGAUUAUCAUAUACUUAAUGAUCCUGAAUUAUCAUUCAAUGAUAUUUUGCAUAAACAAUAUACGUCCACUCUAGGUAACGAUAAUAAAUUAACAAUUAAAUUAGAAAGUCCUGAAGAUAUUUUAAAAUUCGAUAACAAAAAUGAAAUAGUUGUUAAAUUAGAAAAAGGUGAGGGGACACUUAAAAUUGAAAAGGUUUUGAAAAAAGAAGAAGAUCCUAAAAAGGAGAAAGUAGAAAAAAUUGAUCUUGAUGAAAGUGAAACGGAAAAAGAUAAAAUUGAAGAAACAGAUGAAAAAUCAUCUGAAGACAAAUCUUCAGAGAAAUCAUCACCCGAAUCAAAAUCCGAAAAGAAAAAAGACAUUGAUGAAAAUGAUGAAAAACCUGAACGACGUACAACACGUUCAAAACGACGGCAAGAAGAAUCUGAAAAGAAAAAUUCGAAAGAUGAUCGCAAAGAGAAUAAAAAGAAACAAGACGAAGUUAGUAAACAAGCAGCUGAAUUAAAAGCAAUGUUUCCUGAUUUAGAAGUAAUUCAACCUUUGUCCAGGUUGUCACAAAUUGACACUUACAUGUUACGCGACAAACCGCAAGGGGCAAUUGAUUUUACCGAAACGACAGUAGCACAAAUGUUUAAUAAUGCAAUUAAAUGGCCGAAAGAAUAUGCUUUACAAAUGCGGCUGCAACAUAUUGUUCACUGCGUGGAACAUGGUGAAUGGCCUGUAUCUAAAAAUUACACGGCAUAUUCAAAUACAAAAAAUACGGAUCUUGAUAUUGCUGUGUAUGAUACACCAAAUUUAACCCCAAAACGUGAUACUUCAACACCGAUGUCAACUUCGGAAGGUUCAGAAAUAAUCACGAUUACAACUGAUCACGGUGGAAUAUCAUCGAAACUUAAAUUGACCCAAUCGGAUUCGCCGCAAAGUAGCGGCAGUAGUACUAAGCGACGGAAGAAGCAUAUUGCAAUCGAUGUAGAAACUGAACGUGCAAAGCUUCAUGCUUUGUUAAAUAGUAGCAAUGUAAGCAGCAGCAGUAACAACAAUCAAUCUAAUAAUCAUUCAAAUCAAAUAACAACUGCUUCGUUAUUAAAAACAAGUGCUUGGGCAAGUAAUAAUGAUAAUGAGGAUUCAGAAGAAUCUCGUCGUUCGACUCCAGUUACCCCACAAACAUCAUUGCAACCACCACCAGCCCAUCAACAAAUUUCUCGAGUUUUAUCAAUGCCUUUCGAUUUGAAAUACCAAUCAAAUAAAUUGCCAGGAUCUACGAUCUCAGCUAACAUCACUGCCGUUCCGUCAGCUUCAUCGUCAUCAUCAUCCUCAGCGGCUAUGGCUCCUAUUGACUUAUCAUCUGGGUUACCGAAAAUGGCAACACCUGAUAUACCAAAAGUAACCAUUCAACAAUCUAAUAUGAUACAAAAUGAAGUGCAAGACUUUUCAAUGGGCUCCAAAAAAUCAAAUAAUCCACCUCCUACUACUUCUAUAAACCUAUCAACAUCAAGUGGUUCUUCAAAUUCUGGUGGAGCAAAAGGAAAAUUGGAUGAUAUGUUGAGUAAAUUAAUGAAAAAGAAAAAUGCUCCUGAACUGGAGCCAAUUGUCGGAGGUAAAGAGAAGAAACGACGUAAAUUAGAUGAAAUUGUACUGGGAUUGUCAGCAGCUAAAGAACAAUCCCAAACGCCUGAAGUAUCGAAAAAAGUGACUGUCACACCUAGUGUUACAGUUACACCAACUUCAAUACCAGCUACAACUUCAGGUCCUACACAAAAACCAUUUACAAUAACUGUAACGUCGGUUCCAUCUCCCGUACCGGCAUCUUCACGUAGUGGAUCAAUUCCACCUACAAUACCUCCGAUACCAUCAUCAAAAGAUAGCUUUUCAACGUUCCUUCAACAAGCUGAGCAACAAAAUUUACUAUUAAAGAAACAACAACAACUGUUGCAACAAGCAGCUCAAGCACAAUUACCAAGUCCAUCGUCACGCAAAAGCUAUGAACAAAUGAUAGCUGACAUUAAUAAAGUAUCCGAUUUUUCAACAAAAAUAAAUUCGUAUUCACAUGAAGCAAAAGUGAAUAAAUGGCUUGCCGAACAAAAUACAGUGAUACCAGAACAACCAUUGUCAGCUGAUUUUUUAUCUGCUCCUCGACGUCGCAGACCAAGGGUGGAUCCGUCAUUACUCGAUUGGAAGAAACUCACUGGAGAAGAAAAUGUUUCUGUUGUUAACAGAGUUUCAGGUAAAAAAUUAACGGGUUCUAAAGCACCGCCUUUAAAACGAGUAGCGCAGUGGUUAAUUGAAAAUCCUAUGUAUGAUAUAGAUCCUAAAUGGGCAGAUUUAGUAAAAGAACGUGGAAAUUUAUCACAUGAUCUACAGAAACGAUUGCCAGGCAGUAGUAAAAAAGGUCCAGGUAGACCACCUUUAUUAGGAAGCCCAACUGGAAACACACCUGUCAGCUCAGCAAAUCUUGCAACUUCUAUGGCUUCAAACAUGUCAUUUCCUUCACUUUCAACUGCUGCUGGUUUGAAUAGUCUAAAUAACAGCCUUCUUUCUGGACUAUCACUUGGACAAUUUGACCCUAAAACUAAUCCUUUAUUAAUGCCAUUUGCUGGUAUGCCUAAUAUGAAUGCACUUAGUAGCUUGGGUGGUUUGGGUAGUUUAGGUAAUAUGAAUCUAUUUGCCAAUUUGGCUUCACUUGGAUUACCUGGCCUAGUUGGAAUGGAUGGUGCUGCUGCUGCUGCGGCAUCAGCAGCAUUAGGUAUUCCAACUAGCACAGCUACUUCUAUGUCUGAAGUAAAUACACCUGCAAAUACUUCCACAACUGCUUCAACUUCAUCUUCUAAACAAAAAUCACGUAAAUCUAAUGAAUCUCAAAGCUCUUCAUCAAGUACGAAACCUCCACCUGUUUCACCUGCAUCUUCAAGCAAUUUACCAACAACAUCACCAUUUCCAUUUUUCUUUCCAAGUCCUAGUUUGCUGUAUACUCCUUUGGGCUUGGGUAGCUUAAAUCCUUUUUCAAUGCAACCUGGUAUGUCUACUGCUUUUGAUACCUUGGCACAACAGUGUGGUCUACUGAAUGGAAUGGGCUUAAGUACGGCACCAACAUCACAUACAUCGUCAUCAAGUACGAAAACCUCGAGUAAAUCACAUAGUCCACGAUCGACCAGCACAACGAUGGCGACAGGAACAUCAAGUUCUUCUAAAUUUAGUAAUAGCAGUAGUCAACAAAGAACUGGUUGGGAACAAUUGGAUAGAGUUCAACAAGCUCAGCUCCAACAAUUAUUACUCCCGCAUGAUACUCAUUUAUUAGAGAGUCUCAGCAGAGCAAGUAACAUGGAAGUUGCCGCUAAUUUACGAUCAUCGAGUGAAAAACGUAGCAGCAAGGAGGAUAAAAAAGAAUCUACGAGUAGUGUAGGAAUAGAUUUUACAAAAUUAGAAAGACGAAGUAAACAAUCGUCAUCAGGCGCAGAAAGCUUCUCAAGUGCCGCGCUAUUAGCUGAUUAUAAUAUGCCUGAUAAAUUUUUAAAAGCAAACCUUUCAUCUAAACAUGGAUCAUCAGAUCAUAGAAAUUCAUUGGAUUUAAGUAAAUCAUCAAGUUCAUUAUCUGUGUAUCCAACACCUUCCGAGUCAUCAUCAUCAUCCACAAAACGUAAUCGUGAACAAGAAUUAAAAGAAGCACUUGAACAUUUAAGUAAAACACAAGCGGAAUUAAUAGCAAAACCUUCUGAAAUGGAAGAAAUUCGAUUAACCCCAUCAAAUCUUUCAGCAGCAAUAAAACGGCCUAGAGAAAUAAAUGCUCCUGAAGAUUUGUCGGGUGCUAGUAUUACUGUUGAAAAAAUUCAAGAUGAUCAACCACCACCGAAAAAGGUAAAAGAACGGCAUGAUACAUCAGAUCGAUCAUCGUCGAAAGCAUCUACCCCAUGUUCAACACCAACUCCUGUACCAAUUGAGCCACAAAUACAAAUACGUGUACAAACUCCGCAACCACAAGUACAAGCACCUCAACCUCCAAUUGUUAUACCACCAACGGUAAAUCCUCCAAUUGAUGAUUCAGGUGAUGUUGAUAUUGAAGCAUUGUUAACGCCAUCUACGGUUGUGAAAGGAGGUUGUGCAACUCCAUUGCCUGUAGCACCCCCACCACCACCAGCAACAAACGAAAAUGAAAAAAGUAAUGUUACUCCUGCUAAAGAAAACAAUGAAGCGAAUAAUUCUUCUACUACACCAACAUCAGACGACGCUUCAGAAAGUAAAAAAGAAAACUCAUCUUCAACACCUGCGACACAAGAGGAACCUAGAACGGAGAAUAUUGAAAAUAAUAGUACUACUAAUAAUAAAAAAGCAACACCUGGUAGAAGAACACGGGGUAGUAAACGUAGAUCUGGCGAAGAAAUUGAAACGCCUGUUGUUGAGCGAAAGAAUUUACGAUCCAGUGCUGGACGUGCUGCAGCGGCAGCAGCAGCGCGAGCAGCUGCAGAACAAGCCAGGCAAGCUGAAGAAGCGGAGAAUGCUAAAAAUAAUGAAUCAACAACCGAUUAAAUUUAUUUUAUGUACUAUAUUGAAUGAAAUACUUAAUUUCGCGUUAUGAGCGAGUCACGGAAUGGUGGACAAAUACGCAUGCGCUGUUAGUAACAGUUACUCGUUCGUAAGCAAGUAAUGAUUUUUUAAGUCAUAUACGAUCUAAUUUAAAUUUAUAAUUAGCAAUUAUUAAAGACGGGGCUUGUUUAAAUAAAUGUUAAUAUAUAAAUUCAAAAAGAUCUUUUACAUUCUGUGAUAGCAUAUCUCCGUUUCACUCUUAGUUGCAUUUGGGGAUAUUGUGGUGAGUGAGAAAAAAACGUCGUUACGUUAAAUUAUUAUAUUUUUAGUAUUUAAAGAUAUUUGUAAAUUAUUAAAAAAAAAAAAAAAACCAACAAAGUUUCAAAACAGUUUGUGAAAACGCUUAUUAUUUUAAAAUUUAAGAGACAAUUAAUUUUGGAUAUUAUUAAAAAAGAAAAUCCGAUUAAAAAAGUGUCUGAUAAAAAAACAAAAAUAUUUUUAUACCGCAACGAAUAAAAGUGGUAUAAUUCAAAACUUUUUAUGUAAAUAGGUAUAUAUUAAUUAAUUCAUUAAGGCUAAUAUAAAAAAAACAAUCAGAUAUUAAUAUUUGAUAUCUGACAAACGGAACUAUUGUAGUAUUUUAAUAUUGCAUGUUUGAUCAGAUAAAAAAAUUUUUGCGAGGAGAGACAUUGUUUUGGUGUGUACGAAACGAAUUUUUGUAAAUAUUUUUAUUUUAAU